GUCGAUACUGCGACAGCGGCGAGGACACAGUUGUGGGAAUCCACAAAGUUGCCCAAUAACCUCCGGGGAAUCGCUCGCUGUUUGCUCUUCUCGUUUUCGUCCUUCCUUUUCUAGCUACGCGAGAAUUGCUUGACCUAUAAAAAUUACGCCUUCAAGAGAGAUACGAAUUUUUUUUACACACAUACGCGUUCUUCUAAUAAAUUGCAAAUUCGCGAGAUUUAUUCUUUGAGACCACUCGGCUCGGCUGCGUUUUGGAGGAGGAGAAGAUCUUAUAAUGUAUUGUUUCUGAAAAAGACGAUUAACAAUGACUGAAAGCAAAUUAUCAUAAUGCAAUUUUAUCCAUGAACUAAGAUUUACUUUUUCUUCCAUUAUGUUGGUUAUGCAAUUAUUUAAUUCAAUUAGAAAUUAUUCAACCUCAAUAAAUAUAUCCAUCAAUGGUCAACAAAUAUAUAUCUUGGAUAUAUUUUUUAUAAAGGCAUAAAUACAAAAUGGUGGUAGUUUAGUGAUGUGCCUUUAUCUUCGGUAUUCCAACUUUAUUAUGACGGAAUCAUCUUGACAUUUUGAAGAAAAAUUAUAUCUGAUAAAAAUAUAAACUUUUCAAAGGUGUGGCUACAUAUAUAUAAAGAUGGAUAGCUCAGAGUAUGAAAUGGUCAGAAACAUGACUCUUCUCUUCUUCUUUGAACGACUGAUGGACAAGGGUGGUCCACGUACAUUGCAUGACCUAAGCUGCCAGUUUGGAGCAAAAGGAUUCACAAAGGAAAUGCGUCAGAUAGCAGGAGGAUCGCAAAGUGGCCUUAAGAAAUUUCUAGCACAAUAUCCGGCACUAUUUUUAAUUGAUGGCGAUUACGUGUCUGUUAAUACGUUUCAACCGGUUGUGGAGGAGGAAAGUGGAAAUAAAUCCGGUAAACGUGACUAUGCCCGCGAGGCCGUAGAAUACUUUACGAAUAAACUAUUGCAAUAUGGAGUGGGCACUGAAGUCCCUAUCAAAAGUCUGUUGGGUCAUCGAUCACAAGCCUCGCCAGAGGUUAGGCAUAUAUCUGGUCAACAUUAUAAAGAAUUUCGCGAUUUUCUUUUGAGGUAUCCCGAUGCGUUUGUAAUCAGCGAGGAUAACGUAAUAUUGAAACAAUAUGAAGGUAUGAAACCAGAACCUUUUCAUGAAUUGGAACCAGAUAUCCCGAUAGAUCCGGAUGUUACAGCCAAGCUGUUAGACUUUUUCUGUAUAUGCAUUGAACGGAAAGGCUCAAUUCUUAUAGAUCAACUAUUUAAUAUGGUCAAUGAGAAAUUCUCGCAUGAAAAUUGGACAAGUAUAUUUAACACGCCACAGGAUUUGUCUACUUUUAUAAAAAUGUUCCCGGAUGCUUUUCAAGUGCAAACCAAUCUAGUGACAUUAAUAGGUCGACCGAAAUCUUCUGUGAUGGAGCCCGCGGUCGCGAAAACGAAAACUACGAGUGGCAAUCAGCGCAAUAACGUGACUCACGCCAAUAACACAGUGCCGAUUGUUUCACCGAGCAAGAUACAAUUCUCUCAACCGCUUUCGAAUCAAUCAGAGAAUAUCUGUAAUAAUGCAACGCUUCAAUCUAAUUCCUUGCAAAACGCAUUCACAUUGCCUGUCGAGAGCAAUAAUAAUAACUCGCCGCCCGUUAGUUUGCAACAGCAGAGUCUCAAGCAAAGGUUCAAUACAAUCGUUAUGAGAACUUUGGCGGAUAAUACAGAGCGGGAUCGCAGUUUACAAACCGCCCAGAUGGGCGAUGCAUGGAAACUGAAAGUGUUACAACAGACUAGAGUGAUAGCAACACCACGGGAAAGUCUUCAAGUUAUAGAGGAUAUAAUAAAUCCUCGGAAGCCUCCUCCCGAUGGUAAAGUGGUCGUGUCUUUUGAUUGCGAGGGCAUAAAUCUCGGUGUCAAGGGACAAUUGACACUUGUACAAAUUGGUACAAUGAGCGGUCAAGCAUAUGUAUUUGAUUUAUUCACAUGUCCGAAUCUUGUUCAAGCAGGAGGUCUUCAGAAAUUGUUAGAACAUCCUUAUGUUAUUAAGGUGAUUCACGAUUGUAGAAAUGAUAGUGUCAAUUUGUACAAUCAGUUUAAGAUAACAUUGACGAACGUUUUUGAUACACAGGCGGCGCAUGCAGUGCUUCAGUUCCAAGAAACAGGAAAGCCUGUAUACAAAGUUAAAAAUGUUAAUCUGAACACUUUGUGCGAUCAUUACGGUGCUCCGUGUAAUCCGCUUAAGGAACAAUUGAAAAAUAUUUAUCGUAAAGAUCAACGCUAUUGGUCCCGGCGGCCCAUGACGCGGGACAUGCUGAUUUACGCGAGCAGCGAUGUUUUGAGCCUUGUACCUCAAGUUUACAAUGCCAUGUCUAGACUUAUAAGGCCGGAAGUACAAGAUCUUUUUGCAGAGUUAUGCGAAGAACAAAUUCAAAUGCAUAUAAGACCAGCAGAUGUAAAAGCGCGUAAGAAGCAGCGAAAAGUGGAGACUGAAGUGGCAGAUCUAAAAAAAAGAAUGGAAGAAGCGACAAAUAAAAAUAUCGUACUAAGUAACCGCGAGAUUCGGCUUCUCCGUUAUUUGGAUCUUACCGAAGAUGAGAAAGAAAAACUUAAAGGAAGUUACAAAGUUGCGAGAAAACUGGAAAAGUUAGAGAAUAUGGGUCAGGAUAAAAUUGACAGUAGCGAUGACGAUGAUGAGGAUAAGACGGACGAUCCUGAAUAUCAGAGUUUGGAAAGUUACACAUCAGAAAAUUCUCAUUCUGGUGGUAUAUUAUCCCCACGAAAUGUUGACACCCCAAGCUUAACCGAGUCGAUGCAAAUGAUGGAUGAAAUACUAUCAGAUGGGCGGAUGGAUAAACUGGAAAAGAUAGAAAAAUUGGAGGCUAUAUUAUCAGCUGUUACCAGCUGCACGACUGAUCAGCUUUCUGCCAACAGUGCUGAUGCAUCACCUACCAAAUGCGUAUGCAUGUGUCAAAGUGACAAUCCGCGGACAGAUCGCCAAGCUGCUGGAACUAGUGUAGCUUGUCAAACGCUUAGUACAGGUGAUAUAGUAAUUACUAGAAUUUUUGUCAGUGAGGAGGAAAAAGAGAGAGUAAGGUUACAGAAUUCGCCAAAAAAGUAGAUAUUACAGCUGCUGUGAAAGUAGUAGAAAAGUUGCCAUUUAUAGGUUUUUUAUAAAAGGGAAUGAAUGCAUAAGAGAAAAAAGUAGUUAAAAUUUAUCUAUUUUAUGUAAUAUAAUAAGAUUCAUAUAGAGAGCAGAACUAGCAAAAUUUAUAAAACAUAUGCUUUCUGGCAUCUCUGCCCCUUUAAAAAGUGUCUUAAAUGAAAUAAGCCUUGUUAUAUAUGCCUUUUCAAAUCUGAUAGUGAAAUAUCAGAUUUUUGAAAAAAGGUUAUUAAUUUUAUACAAGGAUAUCGUUUAGUCAGUAGUUCUGCCUACAGAUUAUCUUUCUUUUACAAGCAUUUAAGAAAGACCGAAUCAUGUUUAAUGACAAGGCUUUUAAUAGCCGCACAUGUGAUUUUUAAUAAAUUACAAAUUGUGGCGUUUUAUGUUUGAUUCAAAAUUAAAUGAUUAAAAGAUAUAUAAAAAAGUGCUAUUUCUUUUUAGGCAAAAUAUAUAUAUAUUUUGACAGAAGAAUUGUCAUACAAUUUAUAUAAGCAUGAUGAUUGCUGAUGCUUUUAACAGCGUUGCGAGAAAUUGACGGGGUGCAUAUCAUGCCCUAAAAAUUUUUUUAUGUGAAGUACUGCAUUAAAAUCGCUGAUUUUUUUAAAGUUUUGUACGGCCUACUUUGCAUUACUUGUUUAAAAAAACGAAUCACCGGCAGUAACAAAGCAUAACAGCGACUUAUUUAACAAGCAAAUGCUUGUUCCCUACAGAAUAUAAAUUUGUGCAUGCAAGAUAAAUUUAUGUAGAUCUCUUCUUCCUUACAUCGAUUCAACUUACAUCGAUUCUACUUACAGAUACAACUUAUUUUCGUAUAUAUAUAGCUAUAUACACAAGUGCCAAUUUAAUAUAGAAUAUGUACAGUAAAUUGAUUAACAAAUAGAUACAUUUUAUAUUUCUAUAUAAUUGUAUGCUUGAUGAAUAAUUAUGCUUGCACUUUCAAUAAGAGAUUAUAAUUUAAUAGCAUUAAAUAAAGUCUACACAUUAUUCAUCAUGCGGUAUCACAAAGAUCUGCUUUCAUAUUCUUAUAAUAGCUUAUUAAUAAUUCUUAUACAGCAUAUCAUUAAUAUAUGAACUGCCAGAUGAACUGUCUGAUAAAAUGACAAUUGGAAGAGACUUAUGUAAUUCAUUACCACAAAUUGAAAGUGUUUUUAGUGCAAUACUUUACACAUGCGAAAAUAAUAUAUGUUUAUAUAAUAUACAUAUCAAUCGCACGUAUCAUCUUUUUUAAUAUUAAAAAUAUAUUAUGGAAAUAUAUAGCCAAAAGGGAAAGUAACAUAAAUGAAUCAUUCUCAUUACUGUAUUUAUCAAUAGAGGGAGUCAGACUCAAGUAGUAUCAAAUUAUUCAACUAAAAAUAUGUUAAAAAUUAUUACAAUAUAUAUCUGGACAAUCUAUAUAAAUUUUUUUUCUGUAUAAUCAAAACACUGAUGCUAUAUAUAUCAGCAAUAUCUUUUACAAUCUUAAAAUUUUUAAGAAUAUGAGAUAAAUACAUUGGACGUUUCUUAAUAUUUUGAAGUAAAUAUUUUAAUUAUUAUAUUUCUUGUUAUAAUUGAAAAAGCAAAAUAAUAAGAAAAGAUAAUUAUGUAAAAACUUCGUUUUAUGGAAUUCAUAACUGCAUUGUUACUAAAAAGUGCAAUUUAGUGCAUUACGCGUGUAUAGAAAUAUUAAAUUUUAUAUUCAAAUUAAUAUUCCGGCAGCUUUAUUUACGCGUGUUAUAAUAUUAUUUUAUAUUGGCAUAAUCUUGAUCACAUUACGAAUGAUAUUCGAUAUACUGGAACUUUAUGGAAAUGGCAACAUCAUAUACACAUACAACAUUGCGCUAUAUAUAAAUUAUAUUCAGAAUGAAAAAACUUGGAUAGAAUUUUUCAUAUAUGGAUUUAUAUAGAUUUGGGUUUAAUUUUACUCAUAUUAUCCAUCUGUGUUUAGAUAUACUUUAAAUUCUUUUUUAAUUUCUAGUAAUUUAUAUCAUAACACAAAUUUCUAUAAAUAUAUAAUACAAAAUAUUAUAUAAUUAUUAUAUAUUUAUAACACAAAUUUUUUUCUGUAUAUCGACAAUCAUCCAUACUUUUAUCCUUUGCACUCGUAUAUUGAUUUUGAAAUAAUGCGCAUAUUCUAUAGAAUUAUUGAAUUUUGAAUUCAAUUAAUUAUUGUUAACUUAAAUUUUUCGCUAUUUGUUAAGAUCUAGACAGUGUGUAAAAGAAUGUUUUUUUUGUCUACUGCAAAACUUAGUCCAAUUUAAAUCAGAUGAGUGCAACGGAUUGACAGAAAGAAGUGUACAGUAUUUGCUUGGUGAUAAUAUAAUUUGCAAAUUUAUUAACUGAUUUAUUAUUUUAUUAAUAUCUGAGAUUU